AAAGAUGUGGGAGAUUCCAAACCUAAUAAUCCUUCCUCUUCUUCUUCAGUUGCACAUUUCCGUAGCCACGUCCCAGCCAAUUUGCAGCGUUAGUGGCGAGACAUUCGCAAACAACAGCACCUACGAGGCCAACCUCAACACCCUCAUCGCCUCCCUCUCCUCCGGCGGCAUUGGCGGCAGGCGAUUCCUCAACACCUCUGUCGGCCACAGCCCCGACACCGUCAACGCCGUCGUCGUCUGCAGAGGAAACAUCUCGCUCCCUGCUUGCCUCAAAUGCGUUGCCGCCGCAGCUCCAGCAACCGCGCAGCGAUGCCCCAACUGGAAAGAAGCCAUCUUCUGGAACAAGACGUGCAUGUUCAAGUACUCCCACAGACCCAUAUUCGGAUUGCUAAAUAUCCAGCCUCUUUCUCACUUUCCAACCAAGAGGAUCUUGCUGCAGAGCACCAGUGAUCCUACUAGUGAAGAUGGUAACGGUACUACAAAUGAUCCUGGGUCCAAUUUGCCGCCGGAAGGAAAGGCUUCGAAUAAAACGGCUAUCAUUGUUGCAGUUUCGGUUUCAGUUUGUGUAUUUUUUGGAGUUUUGGUUGCCGUCUUGUUAAGAAGGAGAAAAGCGAAGAAGAAAGCCGAGGAGAAUUUUGAGAAACCCGAUGAAGUUAGCACUGAUGACUGCCAACAGUAUGAUCUUGCGAAAAUCAGAGCAGCAACAGAUGAUUUUUCUGAUGUUAAUAAGCUUGGGGAAGGUGGAUUUGGGGCUGUUUAUAAGGGGAGAUUUUCAAAUGGUCAAGAAAUAGCUGUGAAAAGGUUGGCCAUGGGAUCAACGCAGGGUAAUACCGAGUUCAAGAAUGAAGUCUUGUUAAUGGCAAGGCUUCAACACAGAAAUUUGGUUAGACUACUAGGUUUCUGCGACAAAGGGACUGAGAGGAUUCUAGUGUACGAAUUCCUUGAGAAUUCGAGCUUAGACAAAUGCCUAUUUGAUCGGAAGAAAUGUUCGCAGCUGGACUGGGACAAACGGUUCAAGAUAAUACAAGGUAUAGCAAGGGGUACCGUGUACUUGCAUGAAGAUUCGCGGCUCAAGAUCAUCCACCGCGAUCUCAAACCAAGUAACAUACUCUUGGAUAGAGAUAUGAAUCCUAAAGUUGCAGAUUUCGGCAUGGCAAGAUUGUUCAGGCAAGAUAAAACUCAAGAAAACACCAGCAGAAUCGUCGGAACUUUUGGAUACAUGUCACCUGAAUACAUACGUGGUGAAAUCUCUAUCAAGACCGACGUCUACAGUUUUGGAGUGUUAGUCUUGGAAAUCAUGAGCGGCAGAAAACACUAUGCUACUCACAAUGGCCAAACUGAGGACCUCUUGACUUAUAUAUGGGAAAAGUGGGAGCAAGGGACACCUGAAGAUAGUAUAGAUCCUAUACUUGGGAAUGGGUUACAGGAGAUGAUGUUGAGAUGCAUUCACAUUGGCCUGUUAGGCGUUCAGGAAGAUCCUCGUAUGAGGCCGACGAUGGCAGAGGUGGUUAUAAUGCUCAGUAGCUCAACUGUAACACUGCCAGUUCCUUCGAGGCCCGCAUUUCUGUCCACGUACUCUGCUUCAUAUGUCUCAUGCACCAUGACAAGUGAUUCUGUAGAAUACGCAUCGAGAAAUGAUGUAACUCUCGCUGCCUUAUCCGCGCGCUAGCAUCGUUGUGUGGAAUAUUGCGGUGUCUUGCCAUUGAAGCUGCUUUAGUGUUUGAGUUAAUCGUUCAAUUGCUUAUGUGUUUUGAGUUAAUCGUUCAGUUUAAUAAUCUGGUUAACCAGAUAUCAGUUACAAACAUUAUAGAAAAAAAAAGGAUAUGUGUAGCUUUCCACUGUAAUAGCUAGCUCCAUGGGCAUUAGGGGUCGCCAUGGGUUGUGUUUGUGAUUUACAUUUUACAGUAUACCAUUGU